CCCAGAAAGUGAUUUUUGUGUGUAAUUUUUGCUACUGCUCCGUGGUCGAGAAAUCCAUCAAAAUUCUGUCCUCACUGUGGACCCCAGCGUCGGCUACGCAACUGGCGGGCGGCGCAAGCAACGGCGGAGCAGGCAGUGGCAGUGGCAGCAGCAGCACAGGCAGCGCCAGCACCAUCAUCGAUCAUCAUCAUCACUCAGUUGUGGCCUCCUCAAAGGCCAAGUUCAAGAUCACCGUCGUGUCCACGCCCAGUCCCUCGCCACCGCCCACACCACCCUCACUCGGCGGGAUGGUGGAAACGAAUUCCCCGCCGGCGGGCUACACCCUCAAGCGGUGCCCCAGCGAUCUGUCGGAUGUGCAGCAGCCAGCGCGGCAGAUCUCACGCUCCCCGGGGAAUGUCAGCAGCAAUGCCGCCUAUCACCUGACCACCGCCAUGCUCCUGAACUCCCAGCAGUGCGGUUACCUCGGCCAGCGGCUGCAAUCGGUGCUACAGCAGCAGCACCAGAACCUACACCAAACGCAGUCCCAGUCGCAGACGCCAUCCUCGGACGAUGGCAGCCAGUCGGGCGUCACCAUAUUGGAUGAGGAGCGAACGCGUGGCCUGCCAGUGGGCGCCACAGCGGCGUCUGCAGCGGCUGCCUCGCUCUUUACCAUCGACAGCAUUUUGGGCUCGCGCAGCGUCAAUGCCCAGCAGCAGCAGCAGCAGGGCAGCUCCUCCUCACACUCCCACUCCAGCAGCAGCAACAACAACAAUCACAGUGGGAGCAGUGGCAGCAAUGGUCUGGGCUUGGGUCUCAAACGGAGCACCGAAUCCCCCGCCUCACCCAAUUCCAACUCAAGUUCGAGUGCCGCCGCCAGCCCGAUACGACCGCAGCGGGUUCCUGCCAUGCUGCAGCAUCCUGGCCUGCAUUUGGGGCACCUGGCGGCGGCGGCAGCAAGCGGUUUUGCGGCCUCGCCAUCGGAUUUUCUAGUGGCAUACCCCAAUUUCUAUCCAAAUUACAUGCAUGCCGCAGCCGUUGCCCACGUUGCCGCCGCCCAGAUGCAGGCGCAUGUCAGUGGACACGGCGCUGCGGCCGCUGCUGCUGCCGCUGGCCUUGCCAGUCAUGGCCAUCACCCGCACCAUCACUCACAUCACUCGCACCCGCACCAUUUGGGCCACCAUCAUGGGCAGCAUCACCUCAGCCACUUGGGGCACGGGCCACCGCCCAAACGCAAGCGGCGGCAUCGCACCAUCUUCACGGAGGAGCAGCUGGAGCAACUGGAGGCCACGUUCGACAAGACACACUAUCCGGAUGUGGUGCUGCGCGAGCAACUGGCACUCAAAGUGGAUCUCAAAGAGGAGCGUGUUGAGGUGUGGUUCAAGAAUCGUCGGGCCAAGUGGCGCAAACAGAAGCGGGAGGAACAGGAGCGCCUACGCAAGCUGCAGGAGGAGCAAUGUGGCAGCACCACCAACAAUACCACGGGCAGUGGUGGCACCAACAACAGCAGCAGCACCACUGGAUCACCGCCUGGUCCCAAGCAGCAUCCGGGAGCGGAACAUUACGCCGCACAAAUGGUGCACAUCAAGAGCGAUCCCAAUGGCUACAGCGAUGCGGAUGAGUCCUCCGAUCUGGAGGUGGCCUAAGUCGGAGCAUACCCUCACCCACUGUAUAUAGAUAGUUAUAGUUCUAAAAUCUAGUAAUUAUUUUGCUAGUGCUUUUGUUUUGUACAUAGAAAAAUGUGAAGAAUUUUUAAAGUAUUUUUUGUUACUAAGUUCUUAAGCGGAAAAAGAGAAGAGGGAGAGUGAAAAGUG